UACACAGAAGAGCUCACGACGACUACGGAGAGGACAAGACAACAGGAGGACGAAGAAGAAGAAGAAAGACUGAACACUGAGCACUAGUGCGUUUUUGUUUUGCGUCGGAAAGGAUUAAGAUCAGCAUUGGAUUUCAGCUCCCAUCCUGCAGACACUUGUCUUGGAUGCUGGACUUCUGAAGACAGAAGCUGUUCUUGAGCAAACUCGAUCACCUCAACAUGGCCCUUAAUGACUCUGACGUGGGCUUGGAGGUUGUCUUUGAGAUCGACCCGCUCCUGCAGCUCUCUGAUGUCCGCCUUACACCCGAUCCCAUGGUGUCAACAAAAUUAAGUCCAUGGGAUAUUGCACUGUGUGUGUCCGGUGCCCUGAUUUGCUGCGAGAAUGCAAUCGUCAUAGUGACCAUCCUCUCUUCGGCAUCUUUGCGGGCACCUAUGUUCCUCUUCAUUGGUAGCUUAGCUUGGGCAGACUUCCUGGCAGGUGUAGGACUGCUGAUGUAUUUUAUGUCUCAGUGGUGUGUGUCCUCAAUGGGACUGGAACUGGCUAGCGUGGGCCUGCUGGUCAGCGCACUCAGUGCCUCUGUUUUCUCCCUACUGGGUAUUACCCUAGACAGAUUCCUGUCUCUUCACCGAGCCCUGACGUAUGGCUCACGUCGCACACACACACAUACUCGCUGUGCUCUAGCUAUGGGAUGGGCUCUGGCAGGCCUACAAGGUGCUCUUCCUGCUUUAGGUUGGAACUGUCUGGACAAUGGACAAUCAUGCAGUGUAGUCUGGCCACUGACCCGAGUGCAUUUGGCUACACUGUGUGGAGGCUUUCUGCUGGCCCUGGCCCUGAUGCUGCAACUCAAUGCCUGGAUCUGCCAAGUUGUCCUUCGCCACUCUCAUCAGAUCGCGCUUCAGAGACACACACUGCCCUCUGCACGCACGCACACACGCCGACGUGUGCACACUCUCGCACUCAUCCUUGCCAUCUUUGCCAGCUGUUGGAUCCCCUUUUCCCUGUACGGGCUGCUCGGAGAUGGAUCAUCACCUGGCCUAUACACCUAUGCCACUCUGGUGCCAGUGACAGGAAACUCUCUGCUCAACCCCUUGAUUUAUGCUUACAGAAACACACACAUACAGCGAGCACUGAGGCAAGCCUGCUGCUGCUGCCUUCCGAACACGUUUCACAAAAACACUCACACACCAAGUGAUGUGUAACAGAUGUCCGAAACGUUUCUGAAAUAUGCCAUGCUGUUCGAUGCCAUGGUAGAUCAUGCUUUAAUUAAUUAAUUCAAACACAUAUGCAUAUGCACUGCCAGCCAAAAGUUUGGACACACUACAUGAAAUAAAAAUACUGUACUGUAUAUUUUUCAUUGUCUAAAAUAUAUUUUUAUAAGGCCUUAUGAAUGAACAAAUUCUGUAUAACACACUUUGAGGUUAUCUUUUCCCCCAAACAAGUAGUUUUCACUAAUUGUAUAAAUUACGUUGCCUCUUGGAUAGCACUUCCUUCUAAAGUUGGCUCAGAAGAUAUCAAGAGUAUGCACGGCUUCAUCAGGAGCCAUGAUAUAUAUGUUAUUUCAUAUUGGUUAUGUGUUGUAGAAUAGAAUAAAUUCCCUUCUAUGGACAGGUGUGUCCAAUAUUUGACUGGUAGUGCCCUCAUCAUUGCCUCCUUAGGAAACUGUGCGAGUAGCCAAGACUUCUGCCUCACUCGUGAACCAUGAGUCACAGCAAUCUGAUGUCUCAUUCACAGACAGUCCUGAAACAUAUGUGUAGCCUACUGUAUUGUACUCUUUGUCAUUUUUAAUUUUAUUUCUUAUAUAAUACUUUCAUAAAAGUAUGUGAAUCUUUAAUUUUCUAUACAUUAAAAACAGCUAUGACCAACACAGCAGUAGAUUUUCUACUCUAAAAAGUGAAGAACUGAAAAAAAUGCUUUUAUAAAAUAUGUAUUGCAUCAAUUGUCUUCAAUUUGUGCCUGAUAUUUUUACAGACUCUGACAUUCAGAGAUUUAGAAAAAUAUUCGCACUUUACAAUGACUUGACAAUUUUUACAAGUUUAGUUUGAAGGUUCUUUAUUUAAUUGUUAACUUAUUUAUUUAUUGACUAAAGUACUUGACAUUGGCUCAUGAUGAUGAAUGCUUUUAUACUUCAAGUAUGUGCUGUUUGCACAAGGUGCACAAAUAUCUAUGUUAAUGAAUGAAUGUGAUAUUUUUUUAAAUGAAGUGUU